AUGGACUCAAAGGUGCACCAAAGCAUAUCAGGCAGCAGGACGCAAAUGGCCUUAGCAAUAAGUACUUUGGAGUCCCGAGGAAGCCAUUUCCUUCAAACAGUUUUAUCAUCAGUUACUGCUCCCUUUGAUGCGACUUUAUUUAACCAAGAAGAAAUGGUCGGGAUUUCAGAAAGGAGAAGUACGCCGUUGGUAGAUGUCUCCAUAACAAGCAAUGAGGCAUUCUUAAGUGACCAUGAAUUUAUUAGCUUGUUUCCAAAGGCACAGUGGACUCCUCCACUGAAGUCUUUUGCGGUUUUAACAGAUGAUCACUCAGUUAAUACAGUAGAGCCACUAAGAGAAACGUUAGAAACUGUGUUGCUGACACCUUCGUUAUCUGUCCUUUUUUCACCAUAUGAUUUCUCAAAAAUAGCACAGCAAAAGACUCCGUUGAGUGCUGGCCCUGAACGCAGUAACACUCUUACAGAGUUGGAGUCUUUUGUACCAGAUAGUGAAAUGCUAACUGCAAGCAGAGACUUGCCAUUGUACCCUCCAAAUACAGCUAUUUAUUUCACUUCCAUUUCUCCAGAGGCAGGAGUUGUAGUACAGGAAAACAUAAAUGCAAGUUUAACAGCUCUGCCUUUUGGGGCUGCUUCAGAAGGGUCACCUCUUCAUCUUAAGCUGCUGGAUAAAAAUAGCAGUGUGACCCCAGAUGCCACAGCACCAAGCGCAGACCUGUAUGGUGACUUUUAUGCCUAUGCAAAUCGCAGGGCAGCAGAAACUCUCAAUCUAAGGACCUACCCCACUCCAACCAUUCCCUGGGCCCCGCCGGCUUCAGCAGUCAGCACUGCGCCUGCUUUGUUUCCUAUUAGUCUUCCAGUUGCAUCUUUCCCACUUGGCUCAGCCGCCAUCUCCAUGGACUCUGAUAUGGUUCUUAAUGCCAGACUGUUUACACAUGAAUUCUCCAGUGCAACACCAAAUUCGCCUGCUGGUUCAGAAAUACCAAGUCAAUCAGAGCUUGUCAGCGAGCUCGUGAGUCCAGUGCCUUUCACGAGAUCACACAGUUCUUGUCUGUAUUGUGACUCAGUUUCACUUCUGACAGAGGCAGGCUUUUCCCCAGAACAUGACGUGGGCUCAGGUGACUAUGUGGAAACUUUGUCCAUCCAUGCCUCUGAAGUACAAGGCAUAACUCCAUUUACAACUAUGAUCACUGACGGGUACGAAUUAGAGGAGCCUACACCUGAGAUUUUUGAUACAUCUUUUCCAUCAAGACCAGUUGUUUCAUUUUCUUCAAGAUUUUCAGAAAUGCCGGACUCCAGUGUGUUUUUAUUAAGCACUGUGGACACUGUCCUUAACAAUAGAACACCUAUAGCAAUUUCUUCUUCUUACCAUCAGCUCCCUGGAGUAACAUCAAUGAACAUCUCUGUUGCCCAAUUUUCCCUCUCUGUUCUGGAAACAGUUUUGUUGGCACCAAACACUCGUGUAGAACUUCCUGAUGCCACCACUGUUCUGUUUGACUCAACCUUCAUCUCAAGUGAGCUGGUAGCAUCGUUUGCUACAGUCAGUCAUACGACUUUGAUGGAGUUGCCAGAAUUAAUGCCAUCAGAAUCUGUGGUUUUGCUUGACAAGACAUCUACGAGAGAAGAACCAUCUUUAAAUAUUUCAGAUUUUCCGUCCAGUCUAUUAUCAACACCAUUUCUUAUUGAACCUAGCUACUUGUCUUUAUCAUCAGCCAUGCUGAAUUCUUACUCUGUCAUGCAAAGUGAUUUAUCAACACUCUUACCUCAGACCUUGUUGACUGGUAUAGCGGUACUUUCUGAGGAUAUUUCCAGCUGGGAGUUAGCUACCACUGUCAGCUCUGCCACUGACGCUGAGGUUUCUCAGUUCCCUCUCGGCCAAACAUCAUACUUUUAUUCAAAUACAUCCUCUGUUCCAGAUGCACAUGUUCCUGAGAUAACACUGUCAUCAGAUUUUCACUCUGAGUCGUCUGUGUUUCUGGAAGCACCUUCAGUAUUGCCAACAGGCUCUGAAGUUGUGUUUACCUCAGCUGUUACAGGAGCUACCUCUCAGCUGGAGCCCUCACUCUCCGCCUCUCACUCCGUGGUUCCUACCCUGGUGCUGCCAGCUUCCGACACCCAGUCUGUUACCAGCAGCAUCUUGGUCAAUGAAACAAAUCUGAUCUCUUUGUUUACUACCUUUCCGACAACUCCUGUCUUAAAUGUAUCUUCAUCUCUGCUCUCAACUGCUCUGGCUUCUGAUGAGGAUAUCGGUGCUACAGUUAACCCCACGCUGCUUUUCACAUCUCGCAGCGAGGGUGGUGCCCACACAGCCCUUCCUCCCAUGGACCUGGACAACGUGACAUCACGUGUCGACACCAGCAGCGUGAUGCUCUCUCCUACAGCAUCUCUGUCUGUGACCAUGUCAUUUGCUCCUACGCAAUUUCCUCCGACUGCUAGCCCUCCCACUGGAAAUGAAGAUACAGCAGGAAGCAAUGUAACUGCUGAUACUGAUGCGUCAGCUGCUCCCACCACUGUCCCCAUGACCACUGGUGCCAGUGUUGCGGGCAGCCGCGGCACGACUGCUGUAGGCAGCCUGGGGACGUUCUCCUCCACCCCUCUGGCAACCACUACUCCAUUCGAACCUGUGGUUGUAACCUCCGCCGUGACCACUACCAGGCAACCCUACGUCUGCGACAUCACGAUUCCCGAUGCUUACUUAGUCACUGCGGUGCUGGCCCGAAGAGCUGUUCUACAAAAUGUCAGUGAAUCCAUCAGAGAAGUGCUCAGAGUUCAGUUCAGGCGAUCCGUAGAGCUAGAGGUUUAUAAAAUUUCCCCCAAAUUUACUUUCCUGGUGACAUCAGGUCCUUUUGUUUACACGGCAGUAGCUGUCAUAAAUGUGCUUAUGAACAGCAGUCUUCUUCGUGGUGAGGCCCCUAUGAUCCUCUCACUGCAUCCUUCUUUCACUGUGCCAGAUAACAGAUUCCAAGUUCAGACAGUGCUUCAGUUUGUGCCUCGGAACGUGGAUAUUGGGUUCUGCAACUUUAGCCGGCGCAUUGAGAAAGGGCUGACGAUGGCAUUCAUGGAGGUGAGCAAACACCAGCAGUUCUACAACUUCACUGUGCAGAUACUGAAUAUAACUCUGAGCAGGCCUGGGGCAGCGUUUCGGCAAGGCCCCGUGAGCAUUGUUUUUGCUGUCCGAGAUAGGUACGGUUUUCUAAAUGGAUCCGAAGUCAGUGAGCAGCUAAGAAACUUGUCUGUGGUGGAAUUCAGCUUCUAUCUGGGCUUUCCUGUGCAGCAAAUUGCUGAACCCUUUCAUUAUCCUAAGCUUAAUGUGUCUCAGUUGAUGAAAUCUUCCUGGGUGAGAACAGUUCUCUUGGGUGUCGUCGACCAGCGAAUUCAGGAGGAAGUGUUUCAGGCUGAGAUGGAGCGGAAACUAGCUCACCUGUUAAACGAGGCUUUGGUCAGAGGGCGGAUAUGGAGACGAGCCAGUUUUGCAGGCAGCAACAUUGUGCAG